CUUUUGAAAACCUCGCAAGCGUCAAAACGCUGAAACAGAGCGGGCUGAAGUUCUGCGCGCCUGGAACGGAGUGUACGAAACCUGUGCAACGUCUUCCCCAAAUCUCCUGCAAGCCUGAGAUUCUGGCUGGAGUGUGUGCUCAAUCAUUCUGGUGCAUGGUGUGUCUUGCCUCCUGGAACUGGAACUUGCAAGUGCUGUCCCCAGGUUUGGGGGUCUGACUGUGAGGUCAGCAGGUUGAAAGACCCAAGGUGCUUCAAUUCUUGAUCUGAUCAUAUGCUGCCCCAACAAGGACCCAGGCAAUGGCCACAUCUUGGACCAGGGCAGAUCCAGCAGCUGCAAGAGUACAUCUUGGCCCUCAAGGCUGCCGGCCGUCAAGACGACCCCAAGUUCAAAACUGCCCUUGAGCUGCUGCAUGCUCAGCAGCGGCUACCAGCAGCCAGCGCUGCGCAGGGUCAGGGGGCAGGCAGCGGCACGCCCCCAUCUUACAAUGUAGCCGAAGCAGGCUCCCCCCUGGGGGCUGCCCCUUUGCAGUCUGUAGGGGGGAGGGGGGAGGGGGCGCAACUUGGUAAUGGUCCGUCUCGGUUGGCGGCAUCACCAGAGCGGCGGGAGUACGUUCAGGGGUACGAUGCCGCUUUGCAGCAGCGGCAGAAUGUUGCGGCCAAUCAGCAAAUGAUAGAGGCCUUGCGCCGGAGGGCUGCGCAGGUUGCUCAGAACCCUGCACAAGGCCAGUUUCCCGGCUUGGGUCAGCAGGGCAUGAGUCAGCAAAGGCUGGGGCAGCAGUUGAUGCGGCAGAGCCAGGGCCAGUUGCCUGGUGAUGGAUACGGCUUCGGGGCGGCGAAGGUUUGGGGCCAGGGCGGAGCGGACUUAGACCAGCAGUCUCUGCGGAAGCUUGAGCAGCAAGAGGCCGCUAGAAAGAUGCUUCUCCAGCAGAAGCAAGGGGAGGAGCAGGGUGGCAGCAACACGCACCUCGUGUCGCAGUUCCAGAAGCUGCUCGCUGAGAAGCAGCAGAAGAUGCAAAUGCAAAACCAGCACGCGUACAACGUCCAGCGGGAGCUCGAGCAACGGCAGGCGCAGCGCUAUGAGUCCCAGAAGAUGGAGCAGAUGCUGAAGCAGCAGCUCCAGGAGCAGGCGCGGCAUUUUGGGGGGCCGCCGGCGCAGCCGCCGUUCAAGCCGACUCCCGUGGGGCCUCUCAGCACCACUGCACUGCAGCAGGCGCUGAAGGCUAGACCGGCACCUCUGGUCGCUGUCAAAGUGGAGGCGCGGAAUCCGGUGCCUGUUCCGCCUGUCAGCAGUCGACCCGCCACUCCGCCAGGGGCCCCAGACGAGCAGCACCCCAGCAAGAAGUUCACUAAGGGACAGCUGGACACGCUGAAGGCGCAGAUCCUGGCGUUCCGCCGCUUCAAGAAAGGAGAGAAAACACUGCCCCCCGACCUGCUCAAGGCCAUCGCCCCUCCCCCCCUUGGCCUAGUUCCCAGCACUCAUGCGAAUCUGCAGGUGCCAAAGACAUCCAAACCUGUCCCUCCAAUCGCCACGUUCAGCAGCACCCCAGCUGCUAAGAAGAAACCCACCCCAACUCCAGCCCCCAAGCCAACCCCUCAACCCCAGCCGAAGCAGACUACGAAAACGCCCGUGGCACAACCGACACCAAAGUCGAAACCGGCCCCCGUAGUCCCUCCCAUCCAGCGACUCCCCCCCGUCCGUCGCUUCCAGGGACCACUCUUCGACUUCCCCCGAGCGGGGGUCAAGAAAGACGAGGGGUUGCCGUUAGUACCCCCCCCUGACGCCGGUCAUUGGGGCAGCACGAUCCCCAUCUCAUUUGACAUCCGAGACCUUUUGGCGGAGGAGGAGAAGAGGAGGCUGGACAAAAGGCGCACGGAGCAUUUGGAGGCGCUCGAAAGCCGGUUGCGGAAGAUCGAGGGCGGUGAGCUGGCGGUGACGCCGGAAGAGCGCACGAGGGUGAAGGUCGCGCUCAAGAAGCUGCAGCUGCUGGAGGUGCAGGGCAGGGUCAGGGACGAAGUGGAGGAGGCGCAGCAGGCGAUCAAUGCCAUGAACGAGCGGCAGUACCGAAAGUAUGUGCGGUGGAGCGAGAAGGAGCUGCUGGACAUGGAGAAGCAGGUGCUCUGGCUGCAGCAAGCCAAGCGGGCGAUCCUGCAUAAGGCCCUGUUCAAGCACCGCAAGAGCCUGUUUGAGGGCUUCUGGCAGAGCCGCGAGGGGCGUGUGUCGCGAAAUAAGGGUGUGGCCAAGUACCACGAGAAGAUGAACAAGGACUUUGCCAAGAAGAAGGAUGAGGAUCGCACACGGCGCAUGGAGGCGCUGAAAGCGAACGACGUCGACCAGUACCGCAAGCUGCUGGAGGAGCAGAAAGACAGGGAGCUUCCGGGGGAUGCCAACGAGCGCUUUGCAGCCCUCUCCGACUUCCUGUCCCAAACAGAGGAGUACCUCCACAAGCUGGGGGGCAAGGUUUCCUCCGUAAAAGCGCAGCAAGAACGCGAAGAGGCCGUUCUAGCUGCAAUCAACGAGGCGCGAGCACAAGGCGCUGCUGAAGAGGACGCCCUCGAAGCAGGCCGGCGGGCGGCCGACGAGUUUGCAGCACAGUCGCAGGAGUCUGGGGACCUCGGGACCGGGAGCGCAGCUGUGAAUAAGUACUACAGCCUGGCCCAUACGGUCAACGAGCAGAUCCUGCGGCAGCCAUCGAUGCUGCGCGCUGGGACGCUACGCGAGUACCAGAUGGUUGGGCUACAGUGGAUGAUCUCGCUGUACAAUAACAAGCUGAACGGCAUCCUGGCCGACGAGAUGGGGCUCGGGAAAACGGUCCAGGUCAUGGCGCUGAUUGCAUACCUUAUGGAGUUCAAGAGCAAUAAGGGGCCGCAUCUGAUCAUCGUGCCCAACGCGGUGAUGGUCAACUGGAAGAGCGAGUUUGUGCGAUGGCUCCCAACCGUGAGCGUCGUGCUCUACGUUGGGACCAAGGAGCAGCGCACGCGCAUCUUCACCCAGGACGUCAUGUCGCUCAAGUUCAACGUCCUAGUAACCACCUACGAGUUCAUCAUGCGGGAUCGCUCCAAGCUCUCCAAGGUCGCCUGGAAAUACAUCAUCAUCGAUGAGGCGCAGCGCAUGAAGGACCGCGAGUCCAAGCUGUCGCGGGACCUGGACCGAUUCGUGUGUCAGCGACGGUUGCUGCUCACAGGAACCCCCCUCCAGAACGACCUGAACGAGCUGUGGGCGCUGCUGAACCUGCUCCUCCCGGACGUGUUUGACAACAGCCGCCAGUUCCACGAGUGGUUCCACUCCCCGUUCGCGCAGCAAAAGGACGGCGCGGCGAAAGCCGACGAGGAGGACUGGCUCGAGACCGAGAAGAAGAUCAUCGUCAUCAAUAGGCUGCACCAGAUUCUGGAACCCUUCAUGCUGAGGCGUCGCGUGGAGGACGUGGAGGGCAGCCUGCCCCCCAAGGUGUCGAUGGUCCUCAAGUGCAAGAACUCGGCGUUCCAGGCCGCCGUCUACGACUGGAUCAAGGCCACAGGAACGAUCCGCUUGGAUCCAGAUGACGAGAGCAUGCGGGUCGUCGGGACCACGCGCCAGACGAGGAUAUACGCUAAUCUCAACAAUAAGGUGAUGGAGCUGCGCAAGGUGUGCAACCACCCGUACCUGAACUACCCGCUCAAGACGAUGGGCGUGACCGAGCACGUGGUGCGCUCGUGCGGCAAGCUGUACCUGCUGGACCGCAUCCUGGUCAAGCUCAAGCGCACGGGUCACCGCGUGCUGCUCUUCUGCACCAUGACGCGCCUGCUCGACAUCGUCGAGGAAUACUGCCGGUGGCGGCACUUCCAGUACCGCCGCAUCGACGGGACCACCUCGCUCGACGACCGAGAAGACGCGAUCGUGGACUUCAACCGGCCCGAGUCGGAGGUGUUCAUCUUCCUACUCAGCAUCAGGGCCGCGGGGAGGGGUCUCAAUCUGCAGACGGCAGACACGGUGGUGGUCUACGACCCGGACCCGAACCCCAAGAACGAGGAACAAGCCGUGGCGCGUGCACACCGCAUCGGGCAGACCAAGGAGGUGCGCGUCUUCUACAUGGAGGCGGUCGCGGACGGCGUCCCGUUCUACGAGGCCGAGGACAAGCGGCGAGAGCGUGCGCAGCGGGAGGUGCAGCGGGAAGAAAGCGACGACGAGGACGAUCGGCCGCAGUACGUCGGUUCGAUUGAGACGCUGGUCCGGGAGCAGAUUCAGCAGGUCAAGAUUGACAUGGCUGACGAGGUGAUUAACGCGGGGCGGUUCGACCAGCGCACGACGCAGGAGGAGCGGCGCAUCACGCUGGAGGCGCUGCUACACGAUGAGGACCGCUACCAGCGCGCGGUGCACGACGUGCCGUCCAUGGAACAAAUCAACCGCAUGAUUGCCAGGACGGACGACGAGGUCGUGCUGUUCGACAAGAUGGACGAGGAGGAGGAGUGGCCGCGGCCGCUUCUCUCCCGCGACGAGAUCCCGGCGUGGCUCAAGUCGACGUCAGCGGACGUCGACCUCGCAAUGAACGCCCGCAGCAAAGAAGCGAUGAAGCGCGGCCUCAGCGAGAGCAUCGCGCCGGCGGGGUCGGAGGUCGCGCUUGGGAGGGGGCACAGGCAGGCAAACAAGCUGGCCGCCUUGACUGAGGAGGAGCCCUCCUCGCAAGCGCUCCCCCGAGACGACGAAGACGAAGAAGCGCUGUACGGAGAGGAAGAGGACACGUGGAAGAAGGCCGUCCCAGAGGACGAAGAGGAACCCUCGCUCAAGCGCCCGCCUACCGAAGAGGACGAACCAGAGCCAUCGAUCUCGAUCCCGCCACCGAUCAAAAAAGCCUUGCCAGACUCGGAGGACUUCGACGAGGUGCUAAAGGAAGCCCGGAGCUUUGCAGCGGUCGCGAAAACGGGGCCCGGCAAGCCGCCGCGGUUGGGGAAACGGUCUCCGGCGAAUCGGAGUCGGAGUUCGCUCGGGAAGAAGAGCCCGGUUGUGAGCGUACCGGGCAUGCGACGGGAAGAUUUGGCUGGUGUCGAGAGCCCGGUUGGGAGCGAACCGGUCAUCGGUGGGAAGGGGCUGUUUAAGGCCGGGAAAUCGAGGUUGGGUUUGGAGCGGUUUCAGGAACGAGAGCCGGUCUCAGAACCGGAGGAAGGGGAGAUCAAAGGGGAGGACUCGGCGGAAGAAGGGGAGCUUCGGAGGCGGGAUCGGAAUGGCGCCGUCGACGUCUCGGAUGCGGGACCUUGGGGCGGGGACGUUGACCCCCCCGGAAAGGCCUUUGGAGGGAAGGGCUUCAUGGGCGUGUUAACUGGGGGGGACAGUAGGGACGGGUUUGCUGCGGAGAAUGCGGAACUGGAAGAGGGGGAGAUAGAGGAAGGGGAGAUUCCUGCAGAGGAGGAGGGGGGUUAUGUUGGCGGAGAGCAUUCUCGGCCGUCGGAUGGGGACGAGCUGAAACGGAAGAAGAAGAAGCGGAGGCGAGAGGAGGGAGGGCAUUCGAAGCACGGGGACGAGGGGGGGGCGCCGAAGAAGAUCACGCUGAAGCUUCCGGGCAAGUUGCUUGCAAAGGUGGGCCCCCCGAAAGCGAACGGUUUGCGCUCGGAGAAGAGCGUAAAGCGGAGCCGGGUCUCGGACUACUCCGACAUUCUCGGCUUAAAGCCGAAAGCGGAGCAAAAACCGGCUACUGCAAUGGAACCCCUGGAAGCGAAGCCCCCGGCAGAGGCACAGCCGCCAAAAAGUAACGGGAAGUCGGCGCCAGAUAGGGACGUUACGGCGAGAGUGAUGCCGGACGACGUACGGAAGAAGUGCCGGGUGGUCUUGGAAAAGCUGCGCAUGGCGAAGGACAAGGAGGGCCGGUUGGUCGCGGCGGCGUUGUUGGAGCUGCCGUUAGAGAAGGACGCUCCGGACUAUUACCGGGUGGUUCGGACGCCAAUCGAUCUCGCGACGAUCGAGUCGCGCCUGGCCGGGGACGGGUAUCUAGGCGUGGCGGAGUUCGCGCGCGACGUGGACCUGAUGCUGAGCAACGCGCAGCUGUAUUACAAGAAGGGCAGCCAGGUGUUUUCGGACGCACGAAAGCUGCAGAAGCUGUUCUUCCAGCGGAUGGAGGUGACGUUUCCGGACGCGAAUCUGGACGUGGCGAGGGUCGGGGAGGCACUUCUGGGCGCUAGCGAGCGGCCAGGAGUGGGGCCCGGCCCCGAAAAGAAAACCCCUGCGCCUAGUUCCGACGAACGGAGAGUUCCGGCCCCAGGUCCCGACGAGUGGAAGGUCCCGGAACGGAAGAUGCCGGCGCCUAGUCCCGGCGAGCGGAAAGUCCCCGCACCUAGUUCGAAACCGCUGGCAACGGACGCUGGCCAAACGAAGGGGCUGCGCACGUCAUAUGCUGGGAACUUCACUCAAGCGGGUCAGCCCAUUCCAGGGGGGAUCGGGAAGGUGCGAAUUCGUGUACGGACUGGGGGGGGGCCGGCGCCAAAGGUCCAGGUUUUGCACACGGCGGCCGAGCAGCCGAAGCUUGUGGAAAGUACAGUGGGGCCUCCGAAGGUGGUGGACAGCGCACGGUUUCAAGGUGGGGGGGCCGCCAGGGUUCCGGAGAGGUUGCCGCGGUUUGGGGGGGAGGAUGGCGGGCUGGUACACCCAGGUGAUUUCCUGGUCGUGAAGAAGAAGAGGCGGAGCAAAGAGGAUGGCGGAGGGGUGACGCCUCGUGAGGAGAGCGGCAAUGCUAGGGCCGAUGUGGUUCUGCCACCGAGCGAGAGUCUGCUUGGUUUUCGGCCUCCAAAGAAGAUGAGAUCAGAGCGCAGACCAACACAUUGA